AUGAAGUCAAGAUUAAAAAACUCGGAGAGAAAUCUGUUCAUUGUCACCUUGUUCAUGGCCUUCACUAUCGUCAUCAACUCAAUAGUGCGGGUUCGCCUGAAUCGAAAAAGAAAUGAAAUUUAAGAAAAAAAUCUACAGGUUUGCUUCUUGUUACCGAGUAUAGCAAAAGGCAUCUACAUUGAUUACCUGAUUAUGGCACAAUUUUUAACGAUCGACUUUUGCAAUGUCUGGUGAGGUUUUCUGAGAUUCGAUUUCUAUAAAAUGGAAAAGGAAAAAAUACAUUAAUUUCCAGCACCCCAUUCGUCAUGAUCAACAUGAGCGAAUCUCUGCGAAAGGUCCUAUUCGAGUUCAAAAAACCUGAAACCUUGAUUUUUUUCUACUGCGCAAUCCGUCUCGUCGAUCCGCCCGAAGAAAUAAUGUUUUUUUAGAAUUCGUAAAGAAAAAAAUAUAUUUAUAUCAAUUAGAAUUGGCUGUUUUGAAAUAAAAUGUAAACAACAGCCAUUUGGAAGGAAGGAUGUUUUUAAAAGUUAAAAUAAAGUGUUUUCGGUCGUUAAAAUUCAGCUAGCCGACUCUAAAAUUUUUUUAAAUUUAAAUUUUAGAGUCGGCUAGCUGAAUUUUCUUUAACGACUGAAAAACACUUUAUUUUAACUUAACUUUAAAUGUUUUAACUUAACUUCAAAUUUUUAAAGCACUUUCUAAACUUCUUCAAAACGGAAAAUUUGAAAGAUGCGGCACUCCUCAAAAGUAACAAUAAAAAAAAAAUUGACAUCAAAAAGUGCUGACAAUUUGGAGCAAAAAUGAAUCAAAAAACACAACCGAAAAAUUCUUAAAUAGAAACUAAAGACGAAGUUUUUUUCUUCUUCUAAUUGCAUACUUUGCCGCCAUGUUAAAUUGUCUCUUAUUAUUACUCUCACACACGUUUCACCGAAAAAAAUGGCAUUUAAAGAAAGGUGGGGUUAUUUUCCACUCUUUCUGCAGGAAUGAAUUCCUCCGAGUACCCUCCAACCCUUUGUGACCCCAGUUUUGAUGUCGGCGUCGAAAUUUUCAAAUACUGUCUCACAAUAUCGUAUUUGAUUCCUACUCUAAUCGUCGAUAUACUUAUCGUGAGAGCCAUAUUUUUCUCGUCGGAACGAGAAAACUUCCGAAAGAAUGCCUUUUUCAUUAUUUUCGGCAUCGACACUUGCAUGGUGAGACUGUUUUGAAUCAUUAUAGCUGUGUAUAUAUAACUGUCGAUUCUUUUCUCCCAAAUAAUAAUGAUUUUACGAAUGCGAAACGGUCAUUUUUAAGAAAACGGAAAAAGUAGUAAACGUGCGGAAAUAGGAAACUUAUUCUGAAAAUACCGUAACGCGUAUUGCCAUUCUAAGUAAGGUCAGAUGUAAAUCUUUUUCAGAGGAUAGUGUACAUUUUGAUGGAUAUUUUUAUUUUCCGAUUACUUAUUCACAUUACCUCGUUAUGCUGGCCGCUAAUUUCAGUUUUUGGUUAUUCUGAGCCAACUUAUAUUCUCACUCCUAUCUACUUCGUUACCAAUUACUUACAAGCCCAAAAGUUCAUCUUACAAUGGGUUUUGUCCAUUAAUAGGAUGACCUGCGUUGUGUUUCCAACUCGUCAUCUCAAGGUAAAAUAAACGAACUUCUCAAAAUGUGGAAUAUUUUUCAAGCUUUGGAAAAAAAGUCUUCCAUUCUGUAUCGGAUUUGUUAGUGUUGCGCCAAUGACCGUCGUUUGGAACUUGGCUAUAUCAAAGUGUUUCUUGAUUGAAGUACUCGGAGGCCUCACGAUCACCUAUGAUAAUACUGUGAACUGGGUAUAGUAUCGUUUUCAAAUCAAUAAAUAAGUCUUUUGAGGCUAUUUUGGCUCUGUUCAUGGUGAUUCUGAGUGUCAUAACACUGAUCAUACUUGUGGCUACGACGACUGUUACUUCAAUCGGAUUGGUUUCAAUGAAGCCAAGGUUGAAAAACUCGGAGAGAAAUCUGUUCAUUGUCACCUUGUUCAUGGCCUUCACUAUCGUCAUCAACUCAAUAGUGCGGGUUUUGAUUCAUUCAAAGACGCAGUUUCGAAAAUUGAACUUUUCAGGCUUGCUUCAUAAUAAAAAGCAUUGCCCAUGGCAUCUAUAUAGAUUACUUGCUUAUAGCACAGUUCUUAACUAUUGAUUUCUGCAACGUUUGGUGAGUUUCUCAUUCAUGUUCUUGAAGAUCUAAAAGCAUCAGAAAUCAAUAUAAAACGUAAUUUUUCAGUACUCCAAUCGUCAUGAUCUACAUGAGUGACCCUCUGCGAAUGGUAUUGCUAGAAUUUCAAACACCAAGAACCGCCCUCGUACCUUCGCCGCAAUCUGUCGCGUCUAUCCGCUCAAAACAAUGA